AUGGAACUCACCGAAGAACAACAACGUCAAGUGGAAGCGAACCGUGCAGCGGCGAUUGCAAAACGCAAAGCGUUCUUAGAAUCCAGGGCACAACAGGAAGGAGAACAACCUCACCGUGAAGGAGAAAAUACCUCCAACCCCAACCCUUGGCACCUUUUCAAAUGCCAAAAGUUCCCUAAACCCCAACCCGCAAAGUUCCUUGCCAGGCUCGAAAUAUGCUCCCCCGAUUCCUUCUCCAUCAUACCUCUCCCUCUCCCUUCAUUCCCCUUCCCCGGUGACCAGCAUUGCCUCUCCACCCUAAACUCCGUUCUCUCACACGUGAUGCCUUCGCAUUUCACGCAGACCAGCGGAGGGGUCAAGGCCUGCGUGUUCAAACUGACGGAGUACCACGCCGUGCUCAGGCAGUUAAAGGCCGCGGCGGAGGCGCUGCACGUGGAGGAGAUCCCCUGGGUGACUUUCAACGUGGUGGAGCGUCUCUCGCAUUCUGUCGCGGUUGGUCUGUGGACGCCUGUGCGGCCGGAGCACUUGGUCGACGAGGAGGUGGAACGCCUGAUCGCGAAGCUCCCGAGGACUCUCUUGGAUGUGUUGCUUCCUUUCCAGCACGACGGACUGCGGUUUGCGUUAAGAAGAGGCGCGCGGUGCCUCAUUGCUGAUGACAUGGGCCUUGGGAAAACGCUCCAGGCUAUUGCUAUUGCAGGGUGUUUUUUGGAUGAAGGGUCUAUACUCGUGGUUUGUCCUGCUGUGUUGCGGUUUUCAUGGGCGGAGGAAUUGGAGCGCUGGCUUCCUUUCUGCUUGCCGGCUGAUAUACAUCUUGGUAAUGUUUUGCUUUCUAAGAUGAGUUGUGGAUGCAUAGAUGAUUGUACUGAGGAUGGUUUGGCAUUGGGAGAUUUGAAGAGUAAAAGUACAAGAUGGAAUGAUGAUAAAGCUACCUGUACACAUGGUAUGGGGCAUGGGAAGGGGAAUGCACAUAGGUGUAUUCAGUUGAUUGGAAGAGGGGAGAAAAAGGGAGGAGGGGAAGGAAAGAGAGAGAAGAGGCAGGAAAGAUCUGAUUGUUAUACUGAUGCUGACAUUGCACUGAUAUUAGUAGCAGAAGGCGCCCCACUCACUAUGCCCUUUUCAUUAAUAGCUUACAUGAUUGGCAUGACCCAUUGUGAAGCUGUUGUUUUUGGCCAUCAAGACAACCCUAUAUAUUUAACAAGAAGCCCCAAAGUUGUGGUUAUUUCUUAUACCAUGCUUCAUCGUCUAAGAAAUAACAUGCUUGAGCAUGAAUGGGCUCUCUUAAUUGUUGAUGAAUCUCAUCACGUGCGAUGUACGAAGAAAACAGAACCUGGAGAGAUACAGGCUGUUCUUGAUGUUGCUUCGAAAGUCAAGCGUAUAAUUCUGCUAUCAGGGACACCUUCUCUGUCAAGGCCUGGUUUGCUCGGGAAGACUAAAUAUGAGUUUGCAAAAACAUAUUGCGAUUUAAAAUAUAUUAAAGGAAUCCAAGGAAAAUAUUUUGCGGAUUAUUCAAAGGGUGUGCGCUUGGAAGAGUUGAACGUGCUACUGAAGCAAACUGUUAUGAUAAGGCGUCUGAAGGAACAUGUGAUGCUACAGUUACCUCCCAAACGCCGGCAAAUUAUAAGACUGUUGAUAAAGAGAUCAGAUAUAAUUGCUGCAAAAACUGCAAUUGGGGUAUUGAGUAUUGAUGCCACUGAGCAGGAAAGUGAAGACAUACCUUUGGAAAAUUUGGAUGAACCUGAUGGAAAGCUUUCUUAUCAGGAACUUGGAAUUGCAAAGCUUUCCGGUUUCCGUGAAUGGCUUGCCCUACAUCCAAUUGUUGCAGGUUCAGAGAAUGCUUCAAAAAUGAUAAUUUUUGCUCAUCACCACAAAGUUCUUGAUGGAGUGCAGGAGUUUCUAUGUGAGAAAGGGAUAAGUUUUGUACGAAUUGAUGGAAAUACUCUUGCCAGAGAUAGGCAAUCAGCAGUAGUCUCAUUCCGGUCAUCACCAGAGUUAGUAUUAAAGAAGAUCAAUCCUGCUUUGCUUCUCAUUUUCAACAUUGUGAUCCCACUGUUCAUCUGCAUCUGCUACUGCCAACCACUGUCUUUCACUACGGUGAGCGUUGGAUCUGUUGCGUCUUGCCCCACAAGUAGCUUCUAUGCUCAUUGCACCAGAUUGCAUGUGGGUUUGCUGGCCUUCCUUGCCCUUGUUUCGACCCCUGGUUCUCAGUUUCCACCUUUGGCUGAGGUUGCGGUCAAAAUUGCUGUAAUAGGUAUUCUAGCUGCAGGUUUUGGACUUGAUUUCUCAACAGCACAAGAUGUAGUGUUCUUGGAGCUACCACAGUGCCCAACUCUAAUGCUCCAGUUUGUGCAAGUGUCAAUCAUGCAGCGAAUGUCUCCCGAUCUGGCUGAAGAUAGAGCACAUCGUCGAGGACAGACAAAUGCGGUUAAUGUUUACAUAUUCUGUGCAAAGGAUACCUUGGAUGAAACAAAAUGGAAAAAUUUGAACAAAAGUUUGCAACGUGUUUCAUGUACAACUGAUGGCAAAUAUGAUGCGGUGAAAGAGAUAAAGGUUGAGGGCAUUUCUUAUUUACACUCAUCUUUUAAAAGUGAUAAUUGUGAAGAGCAAUCUGCAUACAAAGAUGCAGUAGUUGAGACACAAUUGGAUGAGCAACAUUCUGCAGUCAAUUCAAAUGAAUCAGAGGAAAAUCAAGAUGAUAAAUCUGACGAGGGUUCUUUUGUUGAUAAGUCAAUUCAAAGUUCUAAUAUUUUGACUGAUGAUGUCUCCAGCCAAAAUUUAAGCAAGGCUUCAGUUCUUGACACAACUUGUGAUGUUGAUGCUUUUGAAGUUGCGGAGAGAUGUCCUGGAAAGAGUUUUGAAGACAGAGAUCCAGUAAUUGCGGAUAUGAAAUCAAUUUCAACAACAGAAGCAGAUGGUGACCAGUCUGUUCAUCCGGUUGAAGUCGAUAGUCAUUGUUCUUCUAAUCAAGUUGAUUUUUUGCGAUUUGAGGUGAGCCCAUACACUGGAAGGAUCCACUUGUAUACUUGCAUUUUGGGUACUGAUGAGAGACCACAGCCACUUUUUGAAAAUUUUCGACCAGAGGAACUUGAGCUGUUGAGUUCUGUUGCUGCUUAUGAGAAACAGGUUCAUGAUGAGAAACAGAAAAUAGAGUUUGUAUCUGUCAAGGACAACCCCACCUAUAGGCAUGCUCUUCUAGCUUUUGCGGAAGAAUGGAAGAACUUGAGAUCAAUUGAACGAAGGAAGUUAAUUGGAAAACCGUUACAACUCCCUUUGGCUGUUGAAUUAUGCUAUUUGAGUGAAAGCAAUAACCACAACAACAAAGGAUUAUUAAAUGGUGGAAGUAAAAGACGAAAGACACCCUUAAUGGAGAUUAGCUAUCCUUUACCAACAGAUGCUGUUUGGAGAAAGGUUUAUCUGCGAAGUGGACUCGGUAAGAAGGAAAAGGAAUACACUCAAGGCUGGAGUGUGACAGAUGAGCCUCUCUGUAAGCUUUGUCAAAAGCAGUGCCUUGGUAACAAUGCCAAGAGACCUGAAUUUCUAGAAGAUCUUUUUUGUAAUCUUGUCUGCUAUGAGGAGUAUCGCAUGAGAACUAGCAACAGAUUCCUUCGUGAGCUUGUUAAGGAUACAAGACCUUUGUCAUUGGAAAGGCGGCGAGACUACAUAGAGAAAGUAGCACCAAAUGUUGCUAAACGGAAGAACAUGCUUGAGAAACUUGUCAAUGAACCAACUGAAGGCAAUGCAUGGCAUGCUGACCAUAUUGUUCCAGUAUAUCAAGGAGGAGGUGAAUGUAAGCUAGAGAAUAUGAGGACUCUUUGUGUUGCCUGCCAUUAUGAUGUUACUGCCGCACAAUGUGCUGAACGACGAAAAGCAAGAACAAAUGCGAAGAAAAAACUGAAAGAGUUUAUGAAGAGCAUGAAAAAUGGUAUUAUGGGUUCUGCUGGCACUAAUAUCAAGGUAUCGUUGAUAAUAAUGGAAAGCGAUUAG